AUGCCUACUGUUAAUGAGCUAAAGAAUGCUACUGUUGUGGUUGAUGAUACACCUGAAAUAGAGUCAAAAAAGGCUACAGGUGUUGAUGAUGAGAAUGAGAAUGACAAAGAAUUGUACGAGUGCAUAGUUGAACUCCUCGCGCUGCCAGUAGCACAGCGUACUCUUUUGCAGCAUCACGAAUCUGAUAAUUUGGUGAGGGAGCUACUGAAAAGAUCUGUUAGAUUCAUAGAUAUCUGCAGCUGCACUAGAGACACUGUCAUGUUGAUGAAGGCAGGGAUCAGACAACUCCAGUCUGCGCUACGAAGAAGCAAAAUAGCAGGAGAUCAUGAUCAUUUAAGAAUUCAAAGCACUGUGGAAAAUUAUGUAUCAUCCAGAAGAAACACUCAGGAAGGAAAUUACUAUGUCAAUCACCAAACUGAAGUUGAUAUAUACGAGUACUUGGUUCACUUCAAUAUCCCAACUCUGUUUCAUAAUAAGAGUCCUAAUAGAAGCAAAUUUGUAACCAUUUCGACUUUUGAAUCGUUAUUAAUGAAUCUUCCUAUGCCAGUUUUGAAACCAAAGCCCACCAAAUGGUCAUUGGUUUCAAAGUUUGUGCACAAAGGAGGGACAUUAGUAGCCGGUGAGAAGCCGAGAACAAAGCUAAGGGAAAUGGAGAAAGUGGACAUUUCUUUGAAUAGUUACUUGAUGCUCAAUAGUGAAGAGGAAGCAGAAAACAUUAAAAGAAAUUUAGAAAGUUUGGACUCAAGCAUUGAAGAUCUUGAAAAUGGAUUGGAGAAGUUACUCAGGCUUUUGAUCCGCACGAGAGUUUCUCUUCUCAACGUACUUACUCAGUAG